GGUGCAUCUCUAUUCUUCUGGAUUGAGUCUGUCUGAGCUUCUUCUGUUUCUUCAUGCAAUCUCAGACAGACCGAUGAUGCUGAGAGCACCGGCUGCUGUCAGACUCCUAAACAGACACAAAUCUCACUGCAUUAUAACAAUUAAUGGCAAAAUGAAUGUUUGGAAAUGUGAACCGAUAUUUCCUCCUGACACACUACAGCAAAAGAUAGAAAAAACAGACUUAAAUCCAUGUUGUGUUGUUGGUGAAAAUACUAAUGGCCUGAGACGUCUGCACAGUACUGUGUAUAUUCUACACGCAUGCACUUCUCAAGGUUUAGCAUGUUUGUCCUCUCUGUGCAUGUAGUGUCACUAGUGUGUAGUAUAAAGCAGCCAAACACACACCGGCACAUAAGAACUAAAGCUCGUCUGAUAAUAUUGUUCACAACAGCCAAACUAGGAGUGGUCGUACUAGGGUGAGUUCUGGUGUAUUGUGGCACUGCGCUGAUGAUGCCGUUCUGUUAUGAUCUUGUCUCCAGAGUAUAUCCAGACCAUCAUGAUGAUGGAGGAGUCUGUGCAGCACGUGGUCAUGACAGCCAUCCAGGAGCUGAUGAGUAAAGAGUCGCCCGUGUCCUCCGGAAACGACUCGUACGUCGAUCUGGACCGUCAGCUGAAGAAGACGGUGGAGGAUCUAAACGACGCUUUGGCCACUAAAGAGGAGAUCGCUCAGAGGUGUCACGAGCUGGACAUGCAGGUAUGUGCAUCUGAUCUGCAGCUCCACAGCUGAACGGCACUAAUCCGGAUCGCUGCACAUCAUAUGGUUGUUAUUAGUUGGUCGCUAAACGAUGCAUGGAUUAAAUCAGGUAAACACGGUAUAGCCUCACCAUUGCAUUGAUUCUCUGCUUUUUAUCUGAUCAGCAUCUCUAAUGUGUGUAUAGUGUAGUGAGUGUAAGGGUCUCCGGGCUCCGGUGUUGAUUUGGCGAAAGCUCACUGCUUGUGAAGUGCUGUAGUGUGUUUCGGUGUGCUGUUGUUGAUGUGGUGA